AUGAGUCAGAUAGUUACGCGCCAGGGGCCGGUCGGCGAGGAUAAAGAUAAGCGCCAGACCGAUAGUCCGGUGAAGGAAAUGAAGAAAAAAAUUGCAGCGAAUGCCGAGAAGGAGAAGCAGGCAGCUGAAAAAAAUACAGCAGAUAAACAGGCAGAAAAGGUCGCAGAGAAGAAUGCAGACAAGAAAGAUAAAAAUGCGGAGAAACACAUAGAAAAGGCUGCAGAUAAAAAAGAGAAAGCCGCUGAGAAAAAUACAGAAAAGGCUUCAGACAAAAAAGAGAAAGCUACAGAGAAAACCACAGAAAAGCCUGCAGAGAAGAAAGAAAAAAGUAGAGAGAAAAGCAUAGAAAAUACUCCAGGGAAGAAAGAUAAACUUGCGGAGAGCUCGGAGAAGAAAGAUGAGAAGGAAGCUGCUCCGAAGCCGAAGGAUGACAGCAGCAGUGCAGAGAAGACUGGAGGAAAGACGGAUAAUAAAGACGACGAGAAAAUGCGAAAACCCGACACGGCAAAACUGAACGGCGACGCGAGCAAGCCGCAGAACGGAACGGAACAAGUGACCAACGGCACGGUGAGUGAGUCCGACGAAGACGAGCUGAUCAUCGUCGAACAAGAGAACGACGAAAUAUUCCCCGAGCUCACGUACGAUGACAAUUCGGACGUCGACGGCUUCGAACACGAAGCGCCGAGCAGAAGUUUCACUCGGAGGUCGCAGGUGAAGGUGACACGCACACCAGAGACACCCAGACCCGCCUCCGACAAACAAGCUGAUAAACAAGCAGACAAGGAAACAGACGAUUCGAAGGAACCAAAGCUACUCAAAUUGAAAGAGGACAUACCAAUGACUGAUCGCAAGCUACGUUCCGCGGACUCGCCAAAACCAUCGGACAAGAAGUCACAGGAGAAGGAGUCGCCCAAAAAGCAACAUGAAUCACCAAAGAAGAAAGGAGAUGAAGAAAAGAAGGAUAAAGAAGAGGACAAACAGGAGAAGGUGAUCUUAGAGAAAUCUGAGAGAGUUGAAAUAGAAGUGACGGUUGAAGGGGAAAAUAGCGAAGAGCGCGUGCGGCGCCGCGACACCAAAUACUCGCGCUCGCGCGUGCGCGUGUCGCCCUACCGCCGCGUGCGCCGCCCGGACUCGGACACCGCGGAGACCGCCGACACCGCAGACACCGCCGACACCACCGCCAGCUCGCUGCUCGCCAACUACACCGGCAACAACACGACGAUGGAGAUGGACAUCACGGAGUGUUCGGUUGGCGGGGAGGAGGCGGGAUCGCUGGAGGACAGCUACCUGAGCGGGCUGCGCAGCAUCCGCGCCCGACGCUCCUACAAGCCGCUGCCCAGCGUCACGUUGCGCAGCUUUCACGUGGGAUCUGCUGCCGCUGCCCAGCGCCCGCAAGGGGGCGAGUGUGCGCCGUCGCGGCCGACGGGCACGGUGGUGGGGCGCAAGCGGCGGCCGGACGGCGCGGCGGGUGCGGGGGGUGCGGGUGGCGCGGCGGGUGCGGAGAGCGCGGCGGGCUCGGGGCCCGGCGGCUGCGCGGAGCUGCCGGAGCUGCCGGAGCUGCCGGCCAAGCGCGCGCGGCUGCUGGAGCGGCUGGCGCGCCCGUUCCGCGCGCACUCCACGCCGCUGCCGCGCCGCGCCCCGGAGAUCGUCGGCAUCAACACCGACCUGCCGCUCACGGCGCCCGUGGCGGCUGCAGAGCCCUUCGACCCGGAGUCCAUCAAGCCCACCCCCGCCCCCGCCCCCGCACUCGUGCCCACUCCCACUCCCGCGCUGGCGUCGGAGAGGGACAGCAAGCGAUGCGUGCUUAUGUAA